GUUCCUCCUUCCUCCUGGAAAAAAAAGUGACGAUGAUUACAGACCACGCAGAACAGAGGAAUGUUGUUGAUACAUUCGAAAUCAUCCAACAGCGGCUCCAAGCAAAGUUUCAAGAGUACGGGGCGAAGUGUCGCGACGUUCAGGCGAUGUACGAUGAGGUUUCGGCGAAGCUCGUCGGCUUGGGAUUUCAGAAAGAGCUUUCCGAAUGCGAUCGCGAGGACAAGGAGAGGGCUGGCCGGUUGAACGACGAGCUACAACGGAUUUCCUUGGAGAUCGGUGCCCUCCGUGCUAAGGAGGCCGAGUCCGAUGCGAUUCGCCGUGAAUUCGAGGAGUUGAUGAAGCUGAGGGAGGCCGCGAUUCUGAGUCGAGUGGAAGAUGCUUCUAUUAGUAAUGAUCUCAGCCACCUAGCAAUAUAGAGAUCAGUGAAAUGCUGAUGUUGAUUGAUUGUCAAGAAGAACUUUAUGCAGAAUUUGAAAGACGUGAACUGGAAUAAGACGGAAAUAAUUUUAAGUACAAUUAGAUUAAAAAUCCCCUAAUCUUUCUGAUGUGAAGAAGAAGAAGAAGA